UUCUAUUGUUGACUUUUGGUAUGAUAAAAUGGAAAUAGAUGAAAUUUCUUGUGAUCCAACGUAACCUCCGGAUGGAUGGUGAGAAAUGAUAAGGAUGAUUGACCUUUCAAGUGAGUCGUCUUAUUGUAGAGUUGCAACAGGUUUCGUUUGUCCUCAUUUACUGCAACGUAGUAAAAUUUGUCUAGUAAAGUUGAAAAGAGUUUCCUUGAGAGAAAAUUACAGUUGGGUUCGAAAUAGACGACAAGCAACUCAGGGUGCGUUGUUCUUUCUACUCAAGGGACAGAGUGGAGAUCAAAACGACUCUUCGAGUGAAAAAGAUGAGAAAGAUGGAUCCGACGUAUUUCGGUUCCGAGCAACUCGAAGCGGUGGAGUACGUGGUGGUAACAUAGAAGAGAAAAAUACAAAACGUGUUUUAAACGUUUGGUCGAGUGAAACAGGGUUCCUCAUCGGUCUCGUGUUUGUGUUUAUAUUGUUUUUAUUCUAUCUAUAUGAAUAUCUUAAGGAAUACUAUUUUAGUCCAUAAAAAAUGUCUCUAUGCACCUUUUAUUUCAAGUUGCAGAAACUUCCAACGAACCAAUUUCCAAUUUCUUCCAGUCUUAUUCCAAAGAAGAUAUAUGAGUCUCAGUUUACAAGUUCUUUGUAGAGACGACAAUGAUCAAUUUGUUGGAGUUAACAUUCGAUCGGAAGAAAAUAAAAAUUUCAUCUGUCUC